AUGAAACCACACUUGAAGCAAUGGAGACAAGGAAUGCUCUGCGGGAUAUUCGCUUGGGGUCUCCUCUUUCUGGCGAUCUUCCUGUACUUCACCGACAGCAACCCUGCCCAGCCCGCGCCCAGCUCCUUCUCCUUCCUGGAGACCAGGAGGCUGCUGCCCGCGCAGGGAAGGCAGCGGGCCAUCAUGGGCGCCUCGGAGGGCCUGCCCGAGGGCGCGGACGCUCGCAGGGGGCUGCCCCGCAGACACCCGUAUGGCCCCCUGCACGCGGGGCCAGGCGACCUGCGGGCGUGGGCCCCAGACGGCUUUGAAAAUGAAGACGACUUCCUUUCGCCCCAGACGGGGAGAACAUCGCAAAGCGCUUUGCCGCCGGAGGACGCCGCUCCGGGCACGUCGGGGGGCCCGGAGGGGGCUCUGUCUGCGCGCCGCGCCCGGGGGCGGUGGGCGAAGCGAGGGGCCCGGAGGCAGAGCCGGAGCGCGGCGCCCGGGGUGGGCGAGGACGGGCAGCGACUGUACUCGUCCACGUCCCGGGCGCUCCUGCGCCGGCUCUGGAAGGGCGACGCGUCGGCGCGGAUGCUGCACCCGCGCCUGCAGAAGGCCAUGGGCGCCUACCUGCGCGCCAACAAGCACGGCGUGAACUUCCGGGGGCGCCGGGCGGCCGGGCGGAGCCGCGCGGAGCUGCUGUGCGCCCUGCGGGGCCGCGUGCGGGUGCGCACCCUGGACGGCAGCGAGCCGCCCUUCUCGGCGCUCGGCUGGCGCGCGCUGGUCCCCGCCGUGCCGCUCGGCCGGCUGCUCCCGCGCGGGCUCCGGACCUGCGCCGUGGUCACGUCGGCCGGCGCCAUCCUCAACUCGUCCCUGGGCGAAGAGAUAGAUUCCCACGAUGCAGUUUUGAGAUUUAACUCUGCUCCUACACGUGGCUACGAGAAGGAUGUUGGAAAUAAAACCACCGUCCGCAUCAUUAAUUCCCAGAUUCUGACCAACCCCAGGCAUCACUUCAUUGACAGUUCGUUGUAUAAAGAUGUCAUCUUGGUGGCCUGGGACCCAGCUCCGUAUUCUGCAAAUCUUCACCUGUGGUACAAGAAGCCGGAUUACAACCUGUUCACUCCGUAUGUUCAGCACCGGCAGAGAAACCCAAACCAACCGUUUUACAUUCUCCACCCCAAGUUUAUCUGGCAGCUUUGGGACAUCAUCCAGGAGAACACGAAGGAGAAGAUCCAGCCGAACCCGCCGUCCUCGGGCUUCCUUGGCAUCCUGCUUAUGAUGAGCCUGUGCGGCGAGGUGCACGUAUACGAGUACAUCCCGUCCGUGAGGCAGACGGACCUGUGCCACUACCACGAGCCCUACUACGACGCGGCCUGCACGCUGGGCGCCUACCACCCGCUGCUCUACGAGAAGCUGCUGGUGCAGCGGCUCAACACAGGCGCCCAGGGCGACCUGCACCGCAAGGGCAAGGUCGUGCUGCCCGGGCUGCGGGCCGUGCGCUGCCCACCGGGAGCCUGA